AUGGCGACCAAGACGUCGAAUAGUUCUGUUUUCAAAGAUUGCGUUCUCGAAAUGGAAGACAGUGAGGUCGCCCAGGUUGUUCAGCUAACGAAAAGUGAUUCCGUCAACAUAGUGGAUCUCCAUCCCUUCUUUGGUAACAAUUACAACAACCAGCUGUUCGGAGACUUUGAAAUUUCAUUAGUGAAUCCCAUUGGCCGUGAAAUUAUACGUACACUUGACACAGAAUUUAAUGGCUUUGUCACGUGGACUUUGAAUGCUGGAAGAAAAAACGUCGAAUUACGUGUCCACGAAAGUCCUAAAGACUGCACUAAAACUAAACGACUGAUUAUACACGAGUUUGUGGCCAAGAGUAUUUUCGAGCGAAUUGUCAGUAACAUGAAGCAGCUAACAGAUUACAAAAUUUGCUAUUCAUUUCCGCGCCGGCGUAAUCGUCGUGAUAGUAGUACCCGACUUUGCAAACCUGACGACUUCACGAAACUCUACUGGCAUAAUGAUUACUAUUUAUUGUAUACCACGUAUAUGUUGUUCUUCCUCUUUCCAAUUUGUUUUUCGUGGUUGCUAUUCUCUCUUUUAUCUUAUACUUUGUUUGACCUAAAACAUCCCGAAUAUUAUAAGCUUGAGGAUAACCUGAUGUCUCCCACUUCUCUUCUUCUUAAAAUUUUUUGGGAAGAAAAAGGUUGGGUAAUAUCGUUUUUUCGUAGGUUAAUAAUAAUGUGGUUCUUAACAUAUAUCACCUGGUGCUAUAUUCCGAAUCCUGUAUUUCAAUAUACGCGUUAUGUCGUGCUCUACUCCACAUUAUCGAUACCGUUUUCACGUGUUUUCCUGACACCCAUGAUAUCAAUUUUAAUUCUCGAGAAAAGAGCAAAUGGAAAUCCCGUGCAAAACAUUCCACCCUUUUGUUGUCACAACUUUGGUGACUGUGUUAAUUGCGUAACUUUGCCAUUUAACCUAAAGUUUUGGAAGAAUAUAAUAAUGGGUUCUGAACGUGAACAUGAACGUAGACAGCCUAUUCGUAAAAGUUUAAAAAGGAUAGGGAUUUGCCUCCUUUCAGUCUGUGUUCUCUUUCCUUUACUUCUUAUUACACAAUCUAUAUGUUUUUUUUGUUAUCAAACGUUUACAAUCCUAUGGCUUCUAUUGCAGUCAGAAUACAUGCACACUGACGCUGAUACCGACACACCAUCUUGGAAAAAGGUGUUAAUUUGCCUCAACAAUGGUCUAACCAUGCUCAGCUUUGUAUUUUUGAUAAUUCAAAUUCUUUUCAUAUUGGUAUUCGCGAUACAUUCUCUUCUGUUGGGACUUUUUUUAAAUCUUAAUUUCUUCAUUCCUUAUUUUGCAUGUGCUUCUGUCUUAACGUUCUAUUGUCAUAGUUAUUGGAAGUCACUGGAAGAGAAAUAUUUGGAAUUAAAGCGAAUAAUUUACGAUGCAUGCCGGGACAGACAAGGCGAUAAUCAUGACGGAAAUACCAGCAAUCUACAAGGCGAUGAUAAUGAUGAAGGAAAUACCAGCAAUCUACCGGGACAAAACGAAACAGCAUUACCUGUGGUGUCAAAAGAGGUUUAUGAAAUAAUUAGAGAGAAAUUUUUACCUUACCAUACAAACAUAUUUUAUUUUAUUUUGAAAGUAUUGUGGGUUGUUGCCUUCUCGUGUGGCAUUUUUGAGCUAGUGAACAUGCUUCAUGCAUUUCACAUUGCCGCUGCAGUUCAAGUCGUGACAACGGCAGGUGUCGGUAUCAUGCCCCACGUGUUCAAUAUGGUAGCCUUGAAAAUAAGCAAAGAAAAAGACAAAGCAUGGAAUGAAAAAUUAAAGUUAAAUGUGAAAUACAUCUUGAAAGGACGAAUUGAAGAACGAGCUAAGACAGUUUUAAUAAUACAAGAUAGUGAUGACACGGUAGCUGGAAAUUUGACGAUAUGUUCACAACUUAAGGCCGCAGCUAAAAAUGAAGCCAAUAAUUAUGAACGAAUUCCAAUACCUUUGUGUGAUAUUAACCUGAAUCCAGUUUCAAAGGUAGAUGCUUAG